ACUUUGUUGAAAUUUAUUAUGAUCCAGUAAACGUGGGUAAAUGAUUCACAGUUUCUAAGAUAUGGGUUGAUGAGUUGAAGUACUCUUAACAUGAUGGAAGGUCAUCACAAAGUUCCUUUGUUUUGGACAUGUUUCACAUUUACUACAUUCGGUUUCACAUGUAGUUUUGUCUCAAUGGUUAUGCCUUACUGGUAUGCCAGAUAUCCUCAGUCUCAAAAUCGUUUUGUAAGACUGGGGCUCUGGGAGGUGUGUUUUGAAGGCUAUAUGGCGAAGAAAACUGGAAAUUAUAUGUAUUUUGGAUGUUUCUAUUUAUUUGAUACGAAAAUUUUGACUCUGUGGCCGAUCAUAUUCAGAGAUUGGUUUAUUGCCUGUCAAGCUUUUUUUACAUGCAGUUUUGCAACCCAUAUAUUGGCAGAAUGUGUUAUUUUGACUCAAGUUCUCGGCUUGGUCUCCAUUUUUGGGUCACGUGCAGUCUUGUGUAUAAUGGUGACUCUAUCAGUUAACUGUAAGUUUGAAUUACUUUUUCAUUUGUUCGAAAGUCAAUUCUGAGUAUUCCUGAUACGUGUUCAGUUCCCUAUUGGAUUAUGGAUUCAGUUUUAUGUGCCAAAACUAUGACUGUUGAUUUUUCAAUAAUCGCUAUGACUUGAUUGCUAUUUCAUUUGACCGCUAUAUUGUACUAGCGUCAGCAUUUUACUGUAUAUUAAUCAAAAGUAAUACAGUAACACAUGUCCAGAAAUAGUACUAGAUAAUCUCCAGUGAGUGUUUUAAUAUCGUGCUGUACAAGUACUUCAAAAAUAACGCGUAGCAAAAACAAAACACGUAUGGUACAGAUUUAUUUGACUCUCGAAGUUUUUCAACUUUAGUUAGUUUGAUCACAAUGGGUGUAGGAGUAGACACUGAACAGAAAAUUGAAAAGGCUGCAAAACAUCCUUGGUUAGAAGAUCUUGAUCAGAACUCAUUGUCUUGGUCAUAUGGUAUUGCUGCAAUAUCCCUAUUACCAAGCUGCCUUACAGUUAUAAUUUUAGGAUGGUUUGUUUACCCUAAAAAAUCUCCAUGUGGGCUAUUAAUUAAUUCAGCAUGGAAUUGGCCAACAUUGAAUGAUUUGCAAUGUCGUUAUCAUAUGCAUGAUAUGCAUGUUCCAAAAAUCUGUUCAUCUUCAAAUCCUCAAUCAUCAUGUCAUAAUAUCACUACUAUGUCUACCGAUUAUCCGCAUUCAUUGCGCUCUCGUACAUUAAUCCAAUCCAGUCAGAUUACUGGUGACCAGUUGUCCAAUGAAUUGAAUAAUAAAAUACUUUGUAAACCAACAUUAUUUCACAAGUCGGGUGCUCAGAUAGAAACAUUAUCAAUGAUAACGGCACAAGACCAAAAUUCUAUAUUGUCUGAUAAUUGUGGCAAAUUGAGUAGUUAUGAUCCACGUUCAGCGGAUACAGUAUCACUUUCAUCCUACGAACAACCUCCAUUGAAUUUGUUAUAUAAUCCACAAACUAUAAACAUGAACCACCAGUUCAAUUCAAUAAUGUAUUCAAAAGAGAAUAAUUUUGUAGAAAAUGACUAUUGUUCUUCUAUUGAUUGCAAAACAAAAUUAAUUCAAUCUAAUUUGUUGUCUACAUUUCAUAAAUUCUCUGCGCCUUUUUUGAAAGAAUCUACAAGUGAACGAAAACAACCACAAUGUAUUACAAAUUCUGAUUCUCAUUCACAUUUAAAAUCGAUUCAUUCAAAUAAAUCAUCGAACCUCCAACAACCUUCAUCUAGUAAUCCAGAUACUUCAAUAUGGACAGAAAAUUCCAUUAUUCAAACUGCUCGUCCAAUGAAAAGAACUAAGCAAAAAAUGAAAACAGAUCAGUUUAUGAAGAAGCUUAUCCCAUCUGAAAAUUUAUUUAAAUUUUCAUCAUCAUUUCCCAACACUAAAAUUGAAAGUCAACCAAAUAGAUUUGUUCAAAAAGCUAAACCAAUGAAUCGAAAGUAAUAAUGAAAAAGGUAAACAAAAAAAGAAAACAACAACAACCUAUCAUCACAGUAUUGCAUUUAUUGUAAGUAUUUUUUCUUCUCUAAAACUGUGCUCGAACCACAAGAAAUUCCAUUGUUGAAUAUGUCUCUCGAUAUACCUAGUCAAGGUCUUAUUUGCUUUCUCAUUUAACCACACCAAACAGUAUAAUUGUAACAAAAGGAAAAAACAAGCCUUUUUUGUAAAAUAUAUUCUAUUCAAAAUCACUUUUUUCUAAUACAAUCUUCCCCUGCAAAUUAUAUCCCCCCUUCCUUUUUUUCUCUCUCUAACAAAUGUUUGAAGUAUCUUAUUGUAAAUUGUGCUCUGUUACUCACGUGGUUUUUUUGUCUCAAGAAAAUUGAUUCCAAGGUGUUCAUUUAACUUCUUUCUCAGUUUUUUUGUGUAAACUAUUUUUGAUUACCUCUUCCCGUGCUAUUUUUUAUUUGUUUUGGGAUUCUUUACAUUACCGCUGAUAUUAAAUAGGUUUAGCAUUAUCUAUAAAUAAAAUGAAAUAAUGCAUACCGAUAACUCAGGACUUAAAUAUACAACAAAUCAA